AUGAUGGAUGGGGAUAGAGCUCAGCUUAACCCACCUAACAACAAUAUCAAGACACUUGUUACAAUGGUUGUUGCUAUUGAAAUCCCCACAGUGGUGCUUCCAAACUCAUCUUCCCAACAAAGGAUGCCAGUGGUGGGAAUGGGGUCUGCCCCAGACUUCACCUGUAAGAAAGACACAAAGGAGGCAAUCAUUGAGGCCAUAAAGCAGGGCUACAGACACUUUGACACUGCUGCUGCUUAUGGCUCUGAGCAGGCACUUGGCGAAGCUCUCAAAGAAGCACUUGACCUUGGCCUUGUCUCUCGCCAGGACCUCUUUGUCACUUCCAAGCUUUGGGUCACUGACAAUCAUCCUCAUCUUGUUGUUUCUGCUUUGCGCAAAUCACUUAGAACUCUUCAACUAGAGUACUUGGAUCUCUAUCUCAUCCACUGGCCCAUCAGUUCUCAGCCAGGGAAGUUCUCAUUUCCAAUCGAGUUAGAAGAUCUGUUGCCUUUUGACGUGAAGGGUGUGUGGGAAGCCAUGGGAGAGUGCCAGAAACUUGGCCUCACGAAAGCCAUUGGAGUCAGCAAUUUCUCUGUGAAGAAGAUUCAGAAUCUGCUGUCUGUUGCUACCAUCCUUCCCGUGGUGAAUCAAGUGGAGAUGAACCUUGCAUGGCAACAAAAGAAGCUGAGAGAGUUCUGCAGCGCAAAUGGGAUAGUGAUAACUGCGUUUUCACCUCUGAGGAAAGGUGCAAGCAGGGGUCCAAAUGAAGUGAUGGAGAACGAUGUGCUGAAGGAGAUUGCAGAGGCUCAUGGCAAGUCUAUUGCUCAGGUUUGUCUGAGAUGGUUGUAUGAACAAGGAGUCAGUUUCGUGCCAAAGAGCUACGAUAAGGGGAGGAUGAACCAAAAUCUGCAGAUAUUUGAUUGGGCAUUGACAGAAGAAGAUCAUCACAAAAUAAAUGAAAUAUAUCAGAGCCGUUUGAUCAGUGGACCCACCAAGCCACAACUCAGUGACCUUUGGGAUGAUGAAAUAUGA